AUGGCGUGCAUGGACAGAUGUCGGUGCUGCACGGACUCCCGGGGGCAGACCAGCAUUCUCUACAACAUUCUGAAGAGCGAGGAACAGCAGCAACAGCAGCAGCAGCAGCAGCACGAGGCGACCAGCCGUCACCAGCCCGCGCUUCAGCCGGGCCAGGGGCCCUACGCGCCGGCGCCCGGCUGCUCGUGCGGCACGCAGAGGCGCGUGGCCCUCAAGAACCCGCAGGUCGCGUGCAAGGCGGCUUCGGCCGUGUUGGUGAAGACGCUGCGCUUCGUCAAGAACGUGCCCUGCUUUCAGGAGUUGCCUCUGGACGAGCAGCUGGUGCUGGUGCGCAGCUGCUGGGCUCCGCUGCUCGUGCUGGGGCUGGCCCAGGAUCGAGUGCACUUCGAGACGGUGGAGACCACGGAGCCCAGCAUGCUCCACAGGAUACUGACCAACAAGCGCUGCGAUGAAGAUCAGCGGCGGCGGCGGCAGCUCCAGUUGCUCCGCGAGACGCAGGGGGAGUCGGAGCAGAGCUGUGGCAAUGGGAACGGAAGUGGCGGCGGCAACGCCAAGCUACCGUCGGCGGCAGAGAUCCAAAGCAUCAAAGGUUUUCUGGCCAAAUGUUGGAGUUUGGACAUAAGCACCAAGGAGUAUGCCUACCUCAAGGGGACGGUUCUCUUCAAUCCGGAGUUGCCAGGGCUGCACUGUGUGCAGUACAUCCAAGGACUGCAGCAAGAAGCACAACAAGCCCUAAAUGAACAUGUCAGACUGAUUCACAGAGAAGACCAGGACAGAUUUGCCAAACUGAAUGUGGCUCUUUCCAUGCUUGGAUCAAUUAAUGCCAGUGUUAUUGCAGAACUUUUUUUCAGGCCCAUCAUUGGAACAGUAAAUAUGGAUGAUAUGUUGUUGGAGAUGCUUUGUGCAAAAUUAUGAAACCAUAUAUGAAUGAGGCAUGACACUUCAGCGUGAAAAAUCUGACAACAAAAUAGUGUAAAGUAUUGUAAAAUAAACUAACUUAUUGUUUUUAAAGUGGCAAUAUUUUUGUAUUCAGCAAUGGAAUGUUCUUUGAGUCCACUCUGUUUUAUUAAUUAGAAGUAUCUUAAAGCAUUUCAUCAGCAAUCUAAGUUC